GUUGACUUCCACUUCAACAUUGGAGCGUACCAAAUGACAUAUGCCAAAAUCAACGAGACGGUGACUUGGAUGCCCCUGAAAAAUUCAACAACCCUUCUCGAAGCGGUUGACGGCCUACGUUCACCCAAGGCGAGCGGUUGGGGUGAGAAUGGUCGCAUAGGUCUCUUUCCAGAAGACCAGUACGUCAUCGGAGUCAGCAACAGUGACACGACCGAGGUUGUCGACCUGCUGGUGUACAGCCUCGACGAUGGCAGCCACCCGUUUCACCUUCACGGACACGACUUUUGGAUCAUGGCUACUGGAGACAGCGGGUUCGACUGGAACAAGUACAACACUGAGAUCAUGUCCUCGACCGGAGAGAGCUUGGCCAACGUGACGAAGCGUGAUACUCUCACAAUCAGGCCAUAUGCGUGGGCUUUGAUUCGCUUCGUGGCUGACAACCCUGGUCUGUGGGCUUUCCACUGCCACAUGUCUUGGCACAUGAAAGCCGGGUUGAUGAUGCAAUUCAUGAGCGGAGCAAAGCAACUUGAGAAAUUGCAAAUUCCUGAUGGUGUUGCAAAUUUGUGCAUUGCUCCUCAUCCUGGCUGAGAAUGGAAGAUCUUGGUUGAAAGUACCCCAUUAAUUUUUUUUUGGAACGGUCCAUCAUGGAUUCACCAACCAAAUAUGCCACAUUUAUUAUGGCGGAUAUACGUGCCGCUCAUGCUUUUGAGACGGCAGCGGAUGACCGGAAUACACGCAAGAAGGGUGGAUAACCUUGAGCUCUGCACCGGAAUGCACAAAAAGAAACGACACAACAUGUGCCAAAUGGGGUAUAUUACUCAUAUAAUCGUGUCGUGGGGACAGAAUGAUUGAACGCCGAAGUAUGGAGUAUCGAACGGUCCCGAAUAUCUUGCUCAUGCGUAAAUACGCGGAAUAGGAGCAGGUGCUUUUCGGAGCAAUCCAUAUUGAUGAGAAAAGAGGCUUUUUUUUCGGCAAAAAGUGUUACGGCGCGUGUGGGGCCUGUGCCCACGCACGGGCCCAGCAAAGAUGACAUGCGCCCGUUGUCGGAAUGUUCUGUUUGUAGAGCAACAACCAUUUACGCUGUAUAAUAGCCCAUGAUCAGAACCUCCCUUUUAGGAAUAAUAGUAGAGGGACAAAGGAAAGAAUAAACAAAAGAUAAUUUGGAACCUUACAAAAAAAAAACCUGUCGACAAGAUGAUGAGGUUACCGUUUCGUCGUGGCAUGGCCACAAACACCACGGCGACGCUGCGAAACGCACGCAAGGUGGUUUGCAUUGGUCGCAACUACGCAGACCACAUUGCCGAGUUGAACAGUGCCAAGCCCAAGCAGCCAUUUUUCUUCCUCAAGCCGCCAUCAUCGAUUGUUGCGCCUGGAGCUGGUCCCGUCAUCAGGCCCAAAGGUGUCGAUCUUCACUAUGAGGUAGAGCUGGCUCUCAUCAUUGGCAAGGAGGUCAAGAACUUGAAGGCGGACGACGAUCAGGGUGCUUUGGAUGCUAUUGAAAGCUAUGCGCUCAGCAUCGACAUGACAGCGCGCAACGUCCAGAACGAGGCCAAGAAGAAGGGGCUCCCCUGGGACAUCGCCAAGGGCUUCGACACCUUCCUGCCCUUCAGCAACAUCAUCCCCAAGUCGGCCAUCCCGGACCCGCACAACGUCGAGCUAUACCUCAGCGUCAACGGCGAGGUCCGUCAGCAGGACUCCACCAACCUGCUCCUGUUCAGGAUCCCCCGCGUCCUGAGCGACAUCUCGAGCGUCAUGACCCUCGAGAAGGGCGACAUUGUGCUCACCGGCACCCCCAAGGGCGUCGGCCCCGUCGUGCCCGGCGACGUCAUGCGCGCUGGCAUCCGUGUCAAUGGCAAGGAGAUCGAGGAGGCUCGCAUUGAGAUCCCGGUGGAGGAGUCUACCAGCGACUAUGUGUACAAGGAGACUUAGAUUGUCGUCGCCCCGUCAGGAAUUAGAAGAAAAAAAAUAUUGUCCUGUAAAAUCUCAUGUACAUAACUCAUUUUCGUGACUGCUCACUAUAUACAAGAUAUAAAGCGUUCAAUGACUCUAGAAGGGUACCGCAACACCAGCAAGAGGCUGAUAGAAGCCAAAUUUUAAGGGCGAGCCUCCCAAAAGAAAUCUAGUCACGCCUUGUUCGGAUCCGGAAUUGAACCAGGCUUAGGGCACCAGUCGGCCAACUCUCCACACUUGCCACACUUGCGGAGAGAAUCGUCGGUCUUGAACGCCUCGACCCCAGCCUUGAUCUGCGUCCCGAGAUCGGUGCAGUGGAAGGAUGCCUCAUGUACGACCUGACCGGGCGUACAAUCCGGAUUCUGGCAGUACCACCGCAUGCGGUCGACGGAACCCUCUGGGCGGCGCUGCUCCAGCACGACGCCGACGGUGUCGGCAAACCUCACGGGGUUGUGGGGCGUGUUGCCAGGCAGCAGGAACAUGUCGCCCUCGCGGAUGAUGAUGUCCCUGAAGACACCAUCGUCGACCACCUUGAGCAUCAUGGCGCCCUUGUACUGGUAGAACCACUCAGGGGUCUGGUUGAUGUGGUAGUCGGUCCGGGCGUUCGGGCCGCCGACGAUCUAGACAUACAUUGUCGAAUGAAUACUUUGUGAUUUUAUGGAAGGGAAAUCAUCAGGGUUGGUGGGAUACCCCAGGUUGAAAGAGAAGAGAAAAACAAAACUUACCAUGACUGUAAAAUCAUCAUUGU